AUGUCAGAGGUCAGCCACGUUCAGCUGCCUGAUGGCAGCAGCAUCCUGAAAGUCUACACACUCAUCAUGCAGUUAGUGCCAGUCCAGAUGAUCUGUAUAAAAGGGGCAUUUGUUGCCAUAGGUAUGAUCUUGUUGACUGUAUUUAGUGUGGCUGCUGGUAAUUAUAUGUUCUACAAAAAAAGGAAAAGUGUAACCCUACAAGAUCCAAACAGAAAAUACAGAUUACGACUUAUUCAGAAGUCAAUUAUAAAUCACAAUACAAGAAGAUUUCACUUUGCCCUUCCAUCUAUGUACCAUACACUUGGACUUCCGCCUGGUAAAUAUGUUUACCUUUCCACUAGAAUCAAGGGUAAUCUUGUGGUCAGACCUUACACCCCAAUGUCAUGUGAAGAUAUUGGUUUUGUUAACUUCAUAGUAAAGAUCUAUUUUACAGAUGAACAUCCUGAUUUUCCAGAAGGAGGUAAAAUGUCCCAGUAUCUAGAUAAUCUCUCCAUAGGAGACAUUAUUGAAGUUCAAGGUCCCAGAGGACUUCUUGAAUAUGAAGGAAAAGGUUAUUUUGCUAUUCAACCAAAUAGGAGAUCUCCAGCAGUGAGAACGUUUGUUCGUCGACUGGGAAUGAUUGCAGGAGGAACAGGUCUGACUCCAAUGCUACAUAUAAUCCAAACUAUACUUAAAGAUCCAGAAGAUGAAACAAAAUGUUUCUUACUGUUUGCCAAUAAAUCAGAACCUGACAUCAUACUGAGAGAUGACCUUGACAAGCUACAAAAAGAGCACUCAGAGCGCUUCACACUCUGGUUUACUGUAGAUAAUGCUCCCCAAGAUUGGGAAUACAGUAAAGGUUUAAUUGACUCAAAGAUGAUCCAAGAGCAUCUACCACCACCAGCUGACGACACCUUCAUUUUGCUAUGUGGACCUCCCGCAAUGAUAAAACUGGCUUGUAAGCCCAGUCUGGACCUUUUAGGAUACGAAGAAAAUAUGUAUUUUGUUUACUAA